UCUACUGCGACCAGGCCAUCCUGAAUAAUUGAAAUCUUCUUCACCCUCUUCUCGGGUCCGUCAAGCCUACUCGGAUACAGCUUCAUUUGGAAACAGACAGGGCUUCCACUACACUGAUCACAAGACUUUGAUCUGUUCUGGUGGGUGACAGCCGAUCAUCGACUUGCAUCUGCCUCUUACAUCCAUACACACUUGUUAUCGCUUCUCAGCUUUUGAUACCUUCUGCAACACCCGGCAGCAACACAGCGCCUAGUCAUGGACGCCUUUGACUUUGGGCAGCUGUCCGUCAGCGGGCGCAAGAUCAUUGUUGGCAUCGACUUUGGUACCACUUAUUCAGGAGUAGCAUGGGCUGAAACCCAACGUCCCGAUCGACGGACUGCCAUCACUACCUGGCCGAUCAGCAAGACCAUCCGCGAGGGCGAAUCUUCGGACAAAGUCCCUACCAAGCUGCGAUAUGCCGGCGACGAGAUCCAAUGGGGCUUUUCAAUCCCCGUUACUGCACCACAAGAUGAAGUUGUCGAGUGGUUCAAGCUUGAUCUCGAUCCUUCUCUCCAAAGCAUGGGUCAAGCUGUCUCCUCAGAGGCUCGAGGUGGCCGCAAUGUCGACAAGCUUGUGACGGACUACAUCUCUGCCCUGGGCAACCAUCUCAUCUACACAUUGAAGGAGAAGCUCGGAGAGCAGGUUGUCAAUACCACCCCGUUGGAAUUUGUUGUCACGGUGCCUGCUAUCUGGUCAGAUCUCGCCAAGGACAAGACCAAGCAAGCCUGCCAAAGGGCUGCCGGCCUCAACACUGUUACCAACACUGUUGCUCCCAUCCAUCUUGUUUCUGAGCCCGAGGCUGCUGCCAUCUAUGCCUUGCAUGGCCUGGAUCCACAUGGGCUCAAGGUGGAUGAUACUGUGGUGGUUGUGGAUGCUGGAGGAGGAACUGUGGACUUGAUCUCGUACACCAUUACCAGUCUCAAGCCUAUUCUGGAGGUCCAAGAGGCUGCUCCAGGAUCUGGUGCGCUGUGCGGCUCGACAUUCCUUAACAUGCGCUUUGCCAAAUUUCUAAAGGCUAAGCUGGGCAAAGAAGACGGAUUUGAUGACGAGAUUAUGGCCGAGGCCAUGGAACAGUUCGAAAAGAAGGUCAAACGACAGUUCACGCUCGGCGCUGCUCCAGACGACACCUACACCAUUCCAGUCGGUGGUCUGGCGAAUAACAAAGAGCUGGGAAUCAACCGCGGUCGUUUCGCCUUGAAGGCAUCAGAUCUCCAAACCAUCUUCGAGCCCGUUGUUCUCGAGUGCAUCAAGCUUGUCAAAGACCAGAUCACAGCAAGCAACGUGCCGAUUCGUGCUAUUCUCCUGGUUGGCGGUUUCGGCGCAUCCAACUAUCUCAAGGAGCGUUUGCGCAACGCUAUCGACAAGAGCAUCCAAAUCAUGCAGCCACCCAAUGCUUGGCAGGCAGUGGUUCAAGGCGCUGUCAUGAAAGGUCUAGCUCAAGUAUCUCCUGACAAGCUUACGCAGGUCAAGGUGCAGAAUCGCAAGGCCCGGAAGCACUAUGGCACCGAGUGGCGAAGCAAGUACGAUGCCAAGCUUCACAAGCAUCUCGAACACAAGCGACACUGGUGCGGCUUGGAUGGUUGCUACAAGGUGUACACCAUGGAGUGGUUCAUCCAACGCGGCGAUAACGUCUCCGAAAACGAACCCUUCUACACAUCAUUCGUGUGGACCGGUCUGGUCAGUCAAGGCCGCAUCAAGAAGAUCAAGAUGGAUAUCUACGCCGAUCGCAACCAGAGAAUUGCGCCUGUUGCUCGAGAUGAGAAUGUUUCAAUGCUCGUUCAUGUCGAGGCUGAUGUCGGACACAUUCCCGAGCACAUGCUCUCCCGCCGCCAAGGACUUGAUGGCCAAUGGUACUACGAGCUGAAUUGUAAGAUUGAAGCCGUGUAUCUUUCGGCCUCAACCACGUACACACUGCUCUACAAUAAUCAACGGUACAACACGGUGACGGCAGAUCUGGGCGGGUACCCCAGCUCGGUCAUCGCGAUCAUCGGGUCGCUCCAGCUUGGUCUUAUGAACCUCAUCCAGCCUGUCGCCGGUGGUCUCGCCGAUUCAUACAGCCCGAGCAUUCUCUACGCUAUCGCAGCUGUCGGGGCGAUUCACUUUACGAGAAGACGCGCAUUGGCCAUUGGUAUUGUCGCUAGCGGGAGCAGUGCAGGAGGAGUCUGUCUCCCCAUCAUGUUCUCUCAUCUUGUGCCACGCAUUGGCUUCGGUUGGGCUUUGCGGAUUGCUGCGCUGAUUGCUCUAGUAUGCUACGGGAUCGCUAUUCUCAUCUCGCGGCCCAAGCUGCCUCGCAAGCCUGUGAAAUCCAUCUGGUCUAUUGUGGAUUUCAAUGGCUUCCGCGACCCCCAAUACUCUACACUGGCGUUUGCUAAUGUGGUUGGCAACUUUGGGCUUUACGUACCCUUCUACUACUUAGGUAUGUGUUCAUUUAUGCUUGGACAGUCUGACUCAAUAUGGCUUCGCGAUAUUGUGUAA